AUAGCUGAAGGCGACGCUGGUGCUCGUUCUCUUGGAGUUGCUAGUGCUGCCUUGAAUACACUGAAUCCGAUGGCGUUUGAGGAUGCCGCCGCUGGUAAGGGUGGUGAUUUAGAUGUCGACCAUGAGGCAACAACGGCAGCACCAGGUUCAUCAAGCGAUGACGAUACCAACGCCAAGGCAACCGCCGGGGGGAUAGGCCCCACGGCCACCUUCCGAUGUGUCAGCUGCGCUGAUGAGAUGAACCCCUCUUGGCGGAAUAGUAUGGAGGACGCCCACGAGACGGUGGCGCACUUCGACGGUGACCCGUCCACGUCGUUCUUCGCCGUGUACGAUGGACACGGAGGUCGGGGCACGGUUGAUUUCGUGUCGUCGCGGCUGGAGGAGAUCCUUGCCGAGGAGAUGAGAGCCGACAACACCAGCUCCAUUCAAGAAAGAAUCACGAGGGCGUACGGCUUGACGGAUUGCUUGUGUAAGGAGGCUUCCGUGCUGACGUCUGGGGCAACAGCUGUCACAUGCCUACUCAGGGAGCAAGACGGGAAGGUCACGAUACACGCGGCCAACAUCGGGGAUAGUCGAGCGGUGCUAGCCAGAGGCGGCAAGGCGGAGCGGUUAACCUACGACCACAAGGCGGAGGACGCGGCGGAACAGGAGAGGGUCAACGCCGCGGGUGGCUUCGUGCUGAGGAAUCGUGUCCUGGGCAUCCUGGCGGUUUCCAGGAGCUUCGGGAACCAGGGGAUGAAGGAUCUCGUGACUGCUGUGCCCCACGUCUCCGAGACAAGCGUUUGUCCGGAUUGCACAUUCCUGAUCCUGGCAUGCGAUGGGGUUUGGGACGUCUUCACGGACAACGACGCCGUUUCCUUCGUAACGCAGGCGAUGGAGACUAUGGCCGAGGCGGACGUGGCAGGCGCGCUGCUACGUGAAUCUCUAGCAAGAGGAAGCACGGAUAACAUCACCGUCGUGAUCGUCUUCUUCUGAAGCCUCUUCUGAAGCUGAAGCCUUUCGGUUUUCGUGGUUGUCGGGGCGGCCUGUUCUUUUGCACAACCACCGAAUGAAAGCCAGAUGUAGAAGGAGG